AUGUGGAAACCUUCCAACAGCCUGCCACGGCAGUGUGACGCGGAUGAUGACGACUACAAGUACCUUAUGUUUGGUGAUUCACUGGUGACAGUGUCUGACACCGGCCGGGAGCUGGGAGAGUUCACCGUCACCAUAGAGCCAGUGAAGCGGGACGAGCAGCACGUGUUUCUGAUUCAUGCUAACAGCCAUGGUGCCAUAGAUGGCGUGCCGUGUGGGACGUCCAUCACGGCGUAUGUCUCUAAGAAACUGGAGACCAUAGAGCAGCAACAUCAUGAAUAUGUGAAGUUGGAGAAUCAUCCUUUAGACAGAAAAACAUUUAUAGUGAAGCAAGAUGAUGGGUUUGUUAUCAACAGGGUCAUCACACAGGGGGAGGAUGUCCAGAGAACAGCACAAACUUACAAAUUUGACGACAUGGCAGGGUUUAUAUCUGAAGGCUCCAACCUGCUCCUCCAGAGACUGUUUAUCAAGAAGGGAGUUCCAGACCUGUUUGAAUGUUUAUCAUUUGACUCGGACCUGAACCUGUGCACUGCACCCUAUAGAGCCUUAGAGGAGAGGAAGCAGAUAGUGGAUAACCAAGACAUUGUGGUUCAUGGCAUUGAGAGGACCAUUAACUCUAUCAGUGAUCUGCCUACAACAUGGCAGUCCUACUUUACCAAAGAUGGACAUUUGACAAACCGUGUGCAGGUUGGAUCUCCAGUCACCAUGAGGUUAACUAGAGUCCCCACACCUAUAGAACCUGGUAAGUGUGUGUGUGUGUGUUGUGUGUGUGUUACCAUGAGGUUAACUAGGGUCCCCACACCCAUAGAACCUGGUAAGUGUGUGUGUUAUGUGUGUGUUACCAUGAGGUUAACUAGGGUCCCCACACCUAUAGAACCUGAUGAGGAACCAGAGAAGCCAACAUUUGGCAAGCAGCCUCUGAACUGGGAGGAAGACAUGGAGAUGUAUUCUAAAUUCCUGGACAGAAAGGAGCAGCUGGUGAAUGAUCAUACUGUUUACAUGAAGAAGCAUCCAGAGCUCAAGGCUCUCCUGGCAGACUUUACACAAUUCUUGUUGCUACGGAAACCUGAUGACGUCAUAUCAUUUGCUGCGGACUAUUUCUCCUCUUUCUCCACCACUAUGAAGUCAGCUUCUCCGUAUCUGAAGUCUGCAGAACCCACCAUGUUCCCGAUGAGCAGAACAAAUACUAAAAUUGAGAAACUAGCACAAGUCAAGGCAUCUGGAAAUUUGUAAAAAAAAUAUUCGAUUUAAAUGAUUUAACUUGAAGCUUUGGGGAAACAGUUGACAGUAAAUUUUAGAUAUUCAAGAAUGUGACAUCUUGAUAUAAGCCAUGACAACAGAAGGUCAUAGUAUCAUUAAGUUUUAGCACGGCGACUUCAUAAACGUAAUGAACAGUGUUAUGACCUCGUGAUGAAUGUGCGAGCACCGACUUCAUAAAUGUGGUGUUGUACCUGGUGACUUGCACCACUGUUGUUAUGGAGAUGGGUGUGACGUAAUAUAUAUGAAGUUGUAUGACGUACUUAAAAUGACAUCGUAAAUGUGGAGAGCAGUGACGUAAUGAAUUUGAUCUUGUAUGAAAUGGUCAAAAACAUACCUAGAUGAAAAUGUCUGAAUUGCGAAAUGUGAAAAAAAGUUGAAAAAAAAUAUGGAAAAGAAGAAAAUGACUGAUUUCCCGGGCUACCUGUCUGAACUCUCGUAGGCGGCGCUGUGUUCAUAUAAGCCUUCAGUGGAUUUGAAGUCGAGAGAACAGUGGCGGUUCUAGAGCUUCAUUGACUUUCACGACCCCGACUGCGGACUUUGAAUACAUUGUGAGGCUUCUGUUGUCGUGACCGAAUUCUAACACUGCGGUACCUGAUGUGUUCAUUGGAAAUUAUGGAUACUUUUAGAUCCUCUUUUUAACCUAGCAAAUUUGCAUGAACAUACGUUUUGUUGUAUAUUGUUAUGUAUAU